ACGGUCGAAUUUCAGUGCAUCUUUUUUGUCACUGUGAGCGUUUUUGAGAGAGAGAGAGAGAGAUGAGGAAAAGAAGGGGACGAUCGGAGACCACGGAAACCCUAAUCAAAGAAGAAGGCGGAGUGGCAAACAUAGGUAAAGAAGGGAAAGGAUUUUUCGCUUGCUAUCUAUUGCUCUCCCUCAGCCCACGCCACAAAGGCCACACCUACAUCGGAUUUACAGUGAAUCCGCGGCGUCGAAUCAGGCAACACAAUGGUGAAAUAGUGAGUGGGGCAUUCAGAACCAAGAAGAAGAGACCCUGGGAAAUGGUCUUGUGCGUCUAUGGCUUCCCAACAAAUGUAUCUGCUCUCCAGUUUGAAUGGGCCUGGCAGCACCCACAUGAAUCACUGGCUGUAAGGAAGGCAGCAGCAAACUUUAAAUCUCUCUCUGGAAUUGCAAAUAAGGUCAAACUUGCAUAUACAAUGCUCACCCUCCCAGCCUGGCAAAGCUUGAACAUCACUGUAAACUUUUUUUCAACAAAGUACACAACCCAUUCCGCUAGUUGCCCAAGCUUGCCUGAGCAUAUGAAGGUCCAAGUAUGCUCAAUGGAGGAGCUUCCAUGUUACACUGAAAUAGAUGAGAGUCUAAGUGAAAAUGAAGAUGACUGGGCCAAUAAGGAAGAAUGUGAUGAAGGUAGAAGUUCCAGUGAGUUUGUAGAAGAUACAGUAGCAGAUUCUAUGGCUCGAAUAUCAGCAGAUUUUGAGGAUAGUGUUGACACGACAACUGACAGCCUUUAUAACAGGAUUAAGGAACUAGGCGAAGAUUGUUCACAGCCAUCUAGUUUUGUCAAAUCACUGAUGAGCACAUCAUCUUCGAUUGUCACUAGCUCUUUCAUUGUAAAAGAAAUUGCUGAAGAUAGAGAUAUGAUUAAUGAUUGUAGUGUUGAAUUGCAUCAGCCGGCAAGGAAUGUAUUCACAACUGUGAUAAACAAUCAAUUACCAAGCAGCAGCUGUAUGGUGGUGCCUCAUCCAGUUGAGAUAAUAGAUGUGUCAACUCCAUCUCCUGACUGCAGAACUAGUUUAUACGAAAAGAAGAGAAGAAUUUCCACUGUCCGUCCUGAGAUUAUCGACCUGACUAAAUCUCCCAAUUUUGUCCAAUUAUAGAAAGUUGGACAUAUCACUUAGGAAUAAUGACACUUGUCUUUGCAUCAUAAUACACUGUAGUAGUCUGUACAGUGUUCACUAUGGAAUGAACAAAAUAAUGAAGAUCCAUCAGCUACGUUGUAAUAAUUAUUCCAAAAUAAUAAAGUUGAAUUGCUUUC